AUGAAGCCUAACCAAGUCAGCCAGGUCAUUCUGUAUGGCAUCCCGAUUGUAUCUCUGGUCAUUGACGGCCAGGAGAGGUUGUGUCUCGCCCAAAUUUCCAACACCCUCUUAAAGAACUAUAGCUACAAUGAGAUCCAUAACAGACGGGUAGCACUGGGUAUCACAUGUGUGCAGUGCACCCCAGUGCAACUGGAAAUAUUGAGGAGGGCAGGAGCAAUGCCUAUCUCUUCAAGAAGAUGUGGUAUGAUCACCAAGAGGGAGGCUGAGAGACUUUGUAAAUCCUUCCUAGGAGAAAACAGGCCUCCGAAACUGCCAGAUAACUUUGCAUUCGAUGUGACUCAUGAAUGUGCUUGGGGAUGCAGAGGGAGCUUCAUCCCAGCAAGGUACAACAGCUCACGGGCGAAGUGUAUCAAAUGCACCUACUGCAACAUGUACUUCUCUCCCAAUAAGUUUAUCUUCCACUCACAUCGAACUCCAGAGGCUAAAUACACCCAGCCAGAUGCUGCCAACUUUAACUCUUGGAGAAGACACUUAAAACUGACAGAGAAGACUCCGCAAGAUGAAAUUAUGUUUGCCUGGGAGGAUGUGAAAGCCAUGUUUAAUGGGGGAAGCAGGAAAAGAGCUCUAAGUCAUGGGCAGUGCCAUUCAUUGAACUCUGUAAAGGCACCUAAUGGAGUCCUGUCACAUAUGAUUGGGCAAGAACUUAACCAGAAGAGGCCACGGUUUGAAGAGGAGGAAGAGAUCGAGUCCACCAACAUCACAAACAAGGCUCCAAGAAGUUACCCUGUCAUUCCUGUGCCCAGCAAAGGGUUUGGCAUGUUGCAAAAGUUUCAAGCUAGUACUCUUUUUCCAAGUCCCUACACCUUUCCUGCCUUUGGCUUGUGUCAGAAGAAAGAUGACAGUGACACUGUUAAUGGUCAGAAGACCAGUGCCCUAUCUGGUCUUUUCUGGCCUGGGAGAAAAGAUGCAUUCUAUCCCCCUUUUUGUAUGUUUUGGCCACCUAGAACCCCUGGUGGCCUUCCAGUUCCUACUUAUCUCCAGCCUCAGCCUAGCGCCCUUACAUCUAUCACAGAUAACCCUACUUUGAGACAAGCCUUCCUUGAGCUAGCUGACCAAAGUGAUGGCAGCAGUCUCAGCACAACUGGGGACAGUCUUUUUGAAACAGAGUGUUCCAGCUCUCCAGUAUCCAGUGACAUUAGGCCUUCCUCUGAAACCAGGACCAAUGUAUUGGACGUUCCCCCUUUCCCCAUCCGGAAACAAAGUUACCACUCAGCCUUCAGGCCAGUGGUCAAAGACACAGAUAGCAUUGCCAAACUGCAUGGCAACCUUGAGGACUUCCCUGGCGAUCGGCACAUCUCGCCUGGGACCAGCUGCAGUUACCAAAGCGACAGCUCAGACUCGGACGAAGAGCAGGAAGUGGAUGUGGAAACCAACAAGCAGCCCGGUGAGGAGGAAGAGGAGAGCCUAAGUAGCCAGUUCCUCCAAAGCAGAGGCCUGGUGGAGAGCAAUGAGAAAACGUGCAAGGACAGGUCCGCUUUCUCUGGUUCCAGGAAUGAAACCCAGGCUGAGAAACUGGAAAGCGUAGAGCAUCCUUCUUCCACUCCAAAAGACUCGAGCCCCCGUCAUACAUCACUGGAGGAGCCCUGCUACAAAGAAACACAAAAAGGCAAGGAAGAUAAUGGUAACUUACCCCCGAAGGACGAUUCCUACUCAGAUAAAAGCAAAGAAAUGCAUUUCUACAUCACAGAUUCGGACACAUCCGCUGGCGAAUUUUGGCGAGAGAUACCAACAGAAGCCAGUCAAGAGAAUGGCACAUCCCAGUCCAUGAAGAAGGAUGUCGGAAGUAUGGGAAAAGAAGAACUCCAGAAAGUUUUGUUUGAACAGAUAGAUCUAAGAAGAAGGUUGGAGCAAGAAUUCCAAGUGCUGAAAGGCAGUCCUUCUUUUCCUGUUUUCAACAACUUCCAUGAUCAGAUGAAGCGGGAGCUGGCCUACAGAGAAGAGAUGGUUCAGCAGUUACAGAUUAUCCCUUAUGCAGCCAGCUUAAUAAGGAAAGAAAAACUCGGCAGUCACCUGAGCAAAAGUUAA